AUGACCGGGGUCUCUGGGGCGCACCCUCCACGCGCGCUCGGCUGCGCCCAGCUGGACACAGUGCUCUGAGCAGCCACCCUCGGACUCCCGCCGAGAUACCCUCUUGCCUCAGUUGCUGCCGGACCCGGACGCCAGUCGUUCCCGGGGCCGAGCCCCUUCUUGUCGCGCCCUCAUGGCCAAGCCUCUGCUGCUGGUUGUCUGCCUGGCUCUGGGUGUGGCUCCCGGCUGCGUGUCCGGCGUUGUCCUCGCAGGAGCCAGGGAGCCCCCCACCGGGCAGACGGUGGCACCCCCGGAGGCCGAGACCCUGCAGAACGAGGCGGACAACCAGGAGAACGUCUUGUCUCAGUUGCUGGGGGACUAUGACAAGGUCAAGGCCGUGUCCGAGGGCUCCGACUGCCAGUGCAAGUGUGUAGUGAGACCCCUGGGCCAAGACGCCUGCCAGAGGGUCAAGGAGGGGGCCUCUGGGAAGGAGGACUUCUACACCGUGGAGACUGUCACCUCCGGCUCAUCCUGCAAGUGUGCCUGUGUCGCUCCGCCCUCCGCCCUCAACCCCUGCGAGGGGGAUUUCAGGCUCCAGAAGCUUCGGGAGGCUGACAGCCGGGACUUGAAGCUUGCCACCAUCAUCGACAUGCUGGAAGGGGCCCUCUAUGGCCUGGACCUCCUGAAGCUGCAUUCGGUCACCACCAAGCUGGCGGGGCGCGUGGACAGGCUGGAGGAGGAAGUUUCUAAAAACCUCACCAAAGAAAACAAGCAAAUGAAAGAGAACGUGGAAGGGAUUCAAGCCGAGAUGAACAAGCGAGGCCAAGAGAGCUGCUCCCAGAGCGUGGCGGGCGGCCUCCCGGCCGGGGGCCCGGCCCUGCAGAGGGAUGCGGCGGCCUACGCCCACCCCGAGUACGAAGAGAGGUUCCUGAGGGAGGAAACUGUUUCCCAGCACGUCAACUCCAUCGAGCUCCCGCGGACGCAGCCACUGUCUCCGCCCGAGCUGGUGCCGCCACAGCGGCCCCUCCAGAGGCGGGUGCACCUGCGCGGCCGGCCGGCCUCCCAGCCCACCGUUAUCCGGGGCUUCACCUACUACAAAGCCAAGGAGCCCGAGGGCGAGAAUGACAUAGAAGAGCAGCAGGACGAGUUUUUCAGCGGUGACAGCGGAGUGGACUUGCUGAUUGAGGAUCAGCUGCUGAGCACUGCACCCCGCAGGCCCCCAGCCACCCGUCAUGGUGCUGCUGUGACCACCGAUGCAGGCACCGAGGCCACAGCCCUGCCUUCUGCAAGGUCACCGGCCUCCACCUCGGCCCCCAGCGUCCCUACCAUCUCUGCCUCAGCUGACCCAAUCUCCACACCACUGCCAGCCGUGUCCGAGUCUCCAGGCCCCCCAGGGGAGACAGUCCUCCCACCUUCCACUCAGGUGCCAGCCACCACUGUGGCCCACACGGCCACCCAGCCACCUCCAGCCCUGGCUUCUCUGCCAUUGGCUCCUGCAGACACAUUUCUGGGGACCCCACACUCAGCCUCGGUGCCUCCCAGCACGGUCGGGACAGACUCGCUGGGGAAGAAAGACACUGCUAGGCAGGGCACAGCCCCCGCCAGCCCCACCCUGCACCCAGAGGAGGGUGACAUCCGGAAUGUCAUAGGAAGGUGCAAGGACACACUGUCCACGAUCACGGGGCCUACCACCCAGAACACAUAUGGACGGAAUGAAGGGGCCUGGAUGAAGGACCCGCUGGCCAGUGACGAGCGGAUCUACGUGACCAACUACUACUACGGCAACACGCUGGUCGAGUUCCGGAACCUGGAGAACUUCAAGCAGGGCCGCUGGAGCAACUCCUACAAGCUGCCCUACAGCUGGGUGGGCACGGGCCACGUGGUGUACGGCGGGGCCUUCUACUACAGCCGGGCCUUCACCCGCAACCUCAUCAAGUACGACCUCCGCCGCCGUUACGUGGCCGCCUGGGCGAUGCUGCACGACGUGGCCUAUGAGGAGGCCACGCCUUGGAGCUGGCAGGGCCACUCGGACGUGGACUUUGCCGUGGACGAGAAUGGGCUGUGGCUCAUCUACCCGGCCCUGGAUGACCAGGGCUUCAGCCAGGAAGUGAUCGUGCUGAGCAAGCUCAAUGCCGUGGACCUGAGCACACAGAAGGAGACAACGUGGCGCACAGGGCUCCGCAGGAACCUGUAUGGCAACUGCUUUGUCAUCUGUGGGGUGCUGUACGCCGUGGACAGCCACAACCAGCGCCAUGCCAACAUCUCCUAUGCCUUCGACACCCACACGAACACGCAGGUCGUGCCACGGCUGUUGUUUGAGAACGAGUAUUCCUACACCACCCAGGUCGACUACAACCCCAAGGACCGUCUGCUCUACGCCUGGGACAAUGGCCACCAGGUCACCUACCACGUCAUCUUCGCCUACUGACCCCCAGCCUGCACGGAUGUGCCCGGGCCGCUGCACCUUGUGUGCGCAUGUGUACGUGCAUGUGUGCGCAUGUGUGCGUGUGUACGUGUCUGUGUGUACGUGUGUGUG